UCUACUUUUCUUCUUAUAAUUCCUCAUUAUCCACAACAUGGCACUACCUUCUUCCUCUAAAUUCAUAUCUUCCUUUGCCUUUUUUUCCCUUCUCCUUCUCAUAUUCUUCCUCUUUUCUUCUGAUUAUUAUUGCUGCUGGAGAGUUGCCCGUUGCCGUUGCCGUUGUGUUUCCGGUAAGCCGCCCGUCUCUCGAGCGCUUCAAAUCAGCCGGAAGAUGCUUCAAGAGAUGAAGAAGGAGAUGGAGGAGGGAGUUGACGGCGACAAGAGAUGGUGGCCGGCGGGGGAGUGGGAGCAGUUGCGCAGGGUGCCGUCGGGACCUGACCCAUUACACCAUAAUGGUGGAAGCCCAAAAAAGCCUAGAACUCCUUGAACAUUGAAACGAUGUCGUUUUUUCCAAUUUCAGCCAUUAAUAUCUUUGCUCUAAAUCUCCUCCAUGAGAAGAAGAAGAAGAUAAAAGAACUUCACAUUUUGAAAGUAUGGUUUUUUUUUUUUGGCUAAUCCCAACAACAAAACUAAAACCUUCAGAUCUUCUCUGUUGGGUCUACCAAUGG